AAGCACAUGGCCUGUGUGAUAGGUCUGAUCCCAGGUGGCCUGUAACACUUUCCCCAAAACACACGCUCACAAUCAUCGUUACCCAGGCUGCCUCGGUUCAGUCUGAUUGCUCCUCCAGACUUUAAACUCAUUCGGUUCUGGAAAUGUAGCUAGUUGCUGACAGUUGAUUUAAAAAGAUUUUAUUUAAUAUCACAUUAUAAAGUAAUACAAGAACUACUAUUUCAUUAACAGUGAUAGACAGGGGGGGAAUACAUUCUUCUGACCUCCUUGUGCAUGUGUUUUUGCAGACAGGUGUGCCAUCCCAGGACAGAUUGUGCUAUUGUCUUUGUAAAUCUACACCUGUUCUUUGACAGCUCAGACAACAGAAAACAUACUUUAAAGUGGUGCACAGCAGACUAGAACCAGACUGCUUCGCUGGGAGACCUGAAACAUGAUGCCCUCUCUGAGAUGCCUGCAAUAUGUCAUGCUGUGUCAGGCGGUAAGACUGGCCCGGACUCAUGCAGGAAGGCUUUCUAAGUGAAGGUCUCCAUGCAGAUAUUAUUUUACAAGCCAGGGUUUAGCCACUGAAGGACCACCAUCCCCCUUGAAACAGGUUUCACUGACAUGUCAUCACUGCAGAAUUUAAGAGUUGAGAGGAGGCACAAUAAAACCCCAGAGUCAAUGCAAAUCACAAUACUGUUAAAACGCUUUAAUGGAGUCGUUUACUUCUCAAUUUGAGGGGUCUGUUGCCAAGUGAAUGACAUUUGAAAGUAUGGGAGACAAUGAGCGACCUCUGCUGGUGAGGAAUUAUGAGACAUCAAGUUCAUAGCACCUAUCACAGCUGCACAAAAUGAAAUCCCAACUGCACAAAACUGGUUGUAAAGAUGGUUACACACCCGGCGUUAAAUCCAAGUCUAACACAUUAUGUCGUUUAUGUGAACAGCAGGAAGAAUACAAUGACCCUAACCAGACAGAGCAGGCGUGAGUCAGCAGGCUGAAGUUUUCACUCCACAACAUCUCAUCUCAUGUCGUGCGAGAAGUGGCGCAGCCCCUCAGCUCAGCGUGAGCUGCGCAGACCGGUCAAACUUUUAGUGCACUCCCGCUUUCAUGUGUUCAGACUUGUAAAAUAACUUCGUCCUAACUCAUUGUGCUUGCACAGUUGCAAACUAUGCGCGCUGAUUGCCCAACUCCUUGCGGAGAAAAGGACCCAAUCUGCCAAGUUUCAAACCCAGGCGGGAUGGAGUCGCAAAAAAAGCCAGAGACGGGUCAUCUCGGUGACGGUGUUUGUCCGAAAGGAUGCGGGCUUCUGCUGUCCGGUGAGGACGUCAGCGGAGGGGAGCACUGCUGUGUGGACGCGCUCCGCACGGUCACCGAUGCGCUGGAAGAAAGAAGCGCAACUUUGGAGCAUGAAAGCCGGAUGGCGAGGCUCAGGUGGAACAGGAGGGAGCAGUACCUGUUAGCCCAGGUGUCAGCUCUGCAGAACGAGGCCCAGCUCGCUGCCCUCAAGUACCAACGGAGACUGCACCAGUACAUGCUGCACAUCCACAGCAUUGCAGAGCAGGUCACUGGGUACUGCAAGAGUGAUUUGAGGACCACUGCUGGCAUGCAGGGCCAGACAUCAGAUAAAGCAACGUGUGCAGAGGGAGAGCCACAGGAGCAGCUCAAAGCACCUGAGAUGUGUGUAUGUGUGUUUGGAGGUGACGGGGUGUUCUUGGCUUGUCAACUGCGAUCACUGGAGACCCUGACUGAUGCCACAGUGCAGACAGCAGAAAGACAGCACAUUGUUCUACAGGUGAAUGGGAAGGAGUUGUCCAAGUCCAGCCAUGAGGAGACUGUGGAGGCCUUUCGCGGUGCCAAGGACCCCGUCGUGGUGCAGGUCAUCAGGCGGACCCCUAGUGGCCGCCCCCAUGGCCCCCCUCAGGAAAUCCAUGUGGUGGAUGUGUGCACUCAGACCGACAUCACCUUUGAACACAUCAUGGCGCUGGCAAAGCUCCGGCCUUCGACCCCUCCUGUGCCUGACGUCUGUCCCUUCCUGCUCUCUGACAGCUGUCAUUCUCUUCAUACAAUGGACCAGGAUUACUAUGAAGGGACAGACUACCUCUCCCCUGUUCAAGCUGAUGGAGAGAGGACAGAGGAGUUUGAGUAUGAGGAAGUGGAAUUGUGUCGACUCAACAGCCAAGAGAAGCUGGGGCUAACUCUGUGCUACAGAACAGAUGAAGAGGAGGAUGUGGCAAUCUAUGUCAGUGAGAUCAGUCCAAACAGCAUUGCUGCCAGAGAUGGACGCAUCCGAGAGGGGGAUCGAAUUUUACAGAUUAAUGGCCAAGAUGUACAAGACAGAGAGGAAGCUAUGGCUGCACUCUCCAAUGAUGAGUGUAGGAACAUCGUGCUGCUGGUUGCCAGACCUGAGAUGCAGCUGGAGGAGGCCUGGCUGGAUGAUGAGCACAGUGAGUUCCUGGAGCAGCUGAAGAUGGAAAUGUUGGAGGAGCAGCAGAGAGAGGAGAUGGAAUUGGCUGCCUUACAGGAGGAGCAGGAGAAUGAACAGAGAGCAGAAGAUGACAAGCCCACCUGCUCCACACUCCCUCAUCAUAAGGACAGUGUACUGAGUAUAAAAGACAGAAUGGAGAGCUCAGAGCAUAAUGUCCUGGCACACAUCCAGAGACGUCUGUCCCAGUGCCUAAGAGACAAUCGGGACACGCACUGUACCACCAGCUCUAUGCGGCUGGAGGACAAAGAGGAUGAGGACGAUGAUGUGACGGAGGGUGAUCGUUUCCAGCAGCUCUUGGAGCUGAAGUGUCAGAUACGUAACAGCGGUGAGUACGACCUGUUCUACAGCCGCCGCAGCACCAUUGAGUGCAGCGUGGGGGAGCAGGGCGGCGUACAGCAUGAGCUACGUAUGCUCAACGAGGAGCUGCGCAGCAUCGAGCUUGAAUGUCAGAACAUCAUGCAGGCCCAUAACCUUCGUAAGGGCCAGCAGUCUCCCUCCACUGGCCACUCUGCACCCUCAACCAAAAACCUCCAUCGGAGUGAGCCCACAAGGGGUAAGCUGGCCGACAUUAAUGAGAGGCUGGAGAAAUCAGACAAGGACAGCUCCAGUGCCUAUAACACAGCGGAGAGUUCACGGAGCACCCCUCUGGCAAUGGACCGCUCCCCAGAGCACUCACUCCAGAGGAUGGUUAGUCUCACCAACCAGAGGAACCUUUGCAGUGGCCUUGCCACUGGCCCUUCUCUUAGCCCAAGCCCCAUCCCAGCAUACCGUGCUCCAGUCCCAGGCAAAGGCAGCAGCCCUGACCACAACAAUCCUUCUGAGUUGAACCAGACACUUCAGGCUGAGGAGGUGAGCGGUGGGAAAUUAAAGCCACGCGCUUCCCACAUUCCUUACUUCUCUCCAUCCCACAGUUCCCAGCAGAGGCAGGUCAACAUCCCAGCUCAUGCCCGCCACUACCAGAGCUACAUGCAGCUGAUCCAGCAGCGCUCAGCUGUCGAGUAUGCUCAGAGCCAGCUCAGCCUCCUCAGUGUCUGCAAAGAGCCUCAGAGGCCCAUUAAUGAGCCCAAGAUGGAGUGGAAGGUCAAGAUCCGCAGCGACGGCACACGCUACAUUACCAAGAGGCCUGUGAGAGACAAGAUCCUGAGGGAGAGAGCCCUAAAGAUUAAAGAAGAGCGUAGUGGAGGAAUGACCACGGAUGAUGAUGCAAUGAGUGAAAUGAAGAUGGGGAGGUACUGGAGUAAAGAGGAAAGAAAGCAGCACCUGGUCAGAGCAAAAGAACAGAGGAAAAGACGAGAGUUCAUGCAGCGUAGUCGGCUAGAAAGCUUGAAGGAGAACCCUCAGAGCAGCAGCGAGGGUCGCAAGGAAGUCAGCAUUAUAGAGCUCAGCCACAAGAAGAUGAUGAAGAAACGCAACAAGAAGAUCCUGGACAACUGGAUGACCAUCCAGGAGCUGAUGACUCAUGGUACUAAAGCCCCUGAGGAAGCAAAGGUGCACAACGCCUUCCUAUCAGUCACUACUGUAUAAAAAAAAAAACCCACACACAUUCUACCCCAUGUGGUAUAAUAUACUUGCCUCGUUCAAUGUGGCAUUUUUAUGAGGACAAUAGGACUAUUUUUCACACUUUGUAACCCAAAAAGCAUUUUGUAAAGAAUUUAUCAGUGGUGUCAUGGCAUUUUCUUCAUGUUUUUCAGCAUUGUUUUUCACAUCCCUCUGUGGAAAAAACAUUUUUUCUAUGAAAUUAUGACUAUAUAAUUAUUUUAAUACUUCACUCUAAACAUGUUUAUCUUUUCAAUUCUAUUUUCAUAUUUAUGUUGUAACCAUAUAACUCAAAAUAGUUGUAUGAGCAUCUUAAGAAAAGUUAAGUAUUUCCUUUUGUGUAUUAUGUACACUUGCCAGUUGCAACACACAAUAAAUCAGUGGGUCUCCUGCCUUUCACUAACUUUUUUUAAUGGUCCUUUAAUAACCAGAUCUACUUACCCUUUAAAGCUGAAAUAAAUAACUCAAUGUUGUCGAGAGGUAGUGAAAUUAUGUUGCGGACUAUCAGUGCAUAGACUUGGACUGGAAGUCCAACUAGCCAUAAAGUCUAAUAAUCAACCAUAUAGAUAUCAUAAAAUUCUAAUGGCUUAAAGGCAGAAUAACGCCAGGGACACACAGGAGGCGGAAGAGCCACGCUAGGUCAUUUCUCCUGCGAGCCUGGCAAUUCACACCAGAAGUGCAUUUCUCCGCACCGGUCAACAAGCGAUUCUGCUCCUCUGCUCUUUUCUAAUCUCAAUAAAGAGCUUUAUAAUAACCUCAUGAAUUUAUAACUUAAAGCUUUUUAUGUGUUUCUGCAGGGCCUCGCUUCUUCUGCAACAGUGAAGUUAAAAAGAUCGCCUUGUGUGAUGAUCUGCGGAAAGGGAAACACACACAGGCUUGUGUGUGUGUCUCUCUCUGUUUAGAGACAACUGACAAAUAUGUGGAAUAAGUACGUAAUUUAAAAAACAAUCAAACAGCUGUGAUACUAUUUCUAAUAAAUAUAGCCUAGUGGAUGGGCAGAUCUUGAUAUUUCAUCAUUGGGGGGGGGGAUAACUCCAGGAGAACAGCGAGGAGAGGGUCAGAGAAAUCAAAAGGGUUGGCAAGCAUGGGAUAUUAUUUAUCAGAAUCAGAUCGUUUAUAAGUAGGGUUUUUUUUUUUGCCAGAUUCGCUCGCAGCAUGUGGAACAAUUAGACCAGACGGCGAAACUAUCGCUGCUGAGCAAUUGGUUAACAUGGGUGCCGAAAGGAAGCGGGCAGGACUUUGGGCACAUCACAGCACUUCCGCGUCCUUUGUAGGAUUUGUCCAUUGCUGUUUGUUCAAAGUUGGGCCCUCCUCCCCAGCUCAGAGAGAGAGCGGCGUUAGUAAGAACAAAGCAGUGAAUCGGAGAAAUAAAACAUUAUUUUCUGACUGGCUAGGGGCUACACACCACUGCCCAAAGGUUGACACCCAGAAAUGUCCCGAACACAGCAAACUAAUAAACUACAGGCAGAGGGCAGGGUCUCUGAAAAAAAAAUAAGGUACAAAUUUCAGCUUUAAAGGGACAAAUAUCACACAUUCCAAUCAUAGUUCUAUAUAACUUGCUCCUAAUAAAAGAUUGAGUAUAAACAGCAAAAAUGUGUUCAAUCCCUAAAAUGUAAUAAAUUUGAAAUAAAUCCAAUGACCUGAAAGGGAAAAGAUCGCCUCAAAACUCAUGAAGUGUUUCACCUCAGAAUGCCAUAUGUUUUUUUGGGGGGGGCGGAAUCCUUGAGGUUUUAGAUUACUGAACAUUGUAAAUUGUUAAUAUCAGCAAAGAUUUCUGGUCAACAAAUAACUUUUGCUAAUAUAAUUUUUAUCAUCAGCAAUUUUAUAAAAGCAUCUUUUUUAAAAGUUCAAUACCUCAUGUUACAGUGAAACUCUUGUUCAAUGUUGAUUCUGUAAUUUGUGAACUUGAGCCACUUUUCUUACAAAGCUACAAACAAGGAAACAAUACUAAGCUGCUACACUGACAGGUCAAUGGAAAAACAACUUUGUGGACACAGGAAGGAUGUAAUAGUACUAUUAUGUACUAUGUACUAUACUUCUAAAAUAGUUUGAGAUUUUUUUUCAUGUAAAAGGAAGACAAAUAUCCCAAGAGUCCAAAAAGCUCUGACUCAUGACCAGUGCUGCAGCUUGCUUUGUAUUGCUUGCAGCUUUGGGUAAAACAUUUUGUAUUCAGUUUUAUUUUUGCUUAAUAAUUUGGAUUUUUUUUCCUACAUAUUCAACAACAGAUGGACCUGCUCAUAGCUUUUACAUACCAGUAUUUUUACACCAUUUUUACUCUCCACAUACACCUUUACUCAGCAUAGCCUUAACAGCAAAAACUGAAUCAAUGGUACGUUUGUGUGGCAAACUAAUUUCAUACACAAACAAACUCUCUGGAUCGCUCUGUGCAACAGAGAGGUGUUAUUCAGCCUUACUCAUACAUUGUAUAAUUUGAGUUUUUAGUAACUGGAAAAAUUGAUAGAUAUUGUAUAGUUGUUAUGAAUUAUGUUUGCGGCCACAUUAACUUGUGUUAGGAUGAUUGCCACUGAGCAGGACUCAGAACACAGCAUAUUAGAUCAUUGAAAAACUAAACUGGUGAAAUGAAUGGGUUGCCAUUUAUCAACAGACUUUAUAGUUCAGUUACAUGUACAGUAUACCCAUCCAAAUGCCUCAUUUUUAACUGAAAUAUUGUAAAUUUUAAAAAUCGAUCCCUGUAUUUGUUUUGAUUCAAUGUCAAUGGUCUAAUUUCAAGUAAUGCGUAGUUGGCACAUUUGUAGCCACGUAAAAUGUGUGAUAAUGGUGAUCUUUGCGAAAGAAAUAAUAAUAAAUUAUUGUUUUUUGGUAUAACAUC